AUGGCUGACACUACUAGUAAAAAGUCUGAACCAGUCGAAGUGACUGACUGGAAUGGGCUGGUCAAAUAUGCAGAACUUCUGUGCCAAAAUACAGACAAGAAGUUUAAAAUAUGUAUGAUCGAUGAAGAACAAGAGGAGAUUCGCAUUGAAAACAAAGACGAAUUCGAUACGAAUGCUAAAUAUGCUCGAGAUCAUGGCUUGAAAUCCUUGACAUUAACUGUCUAUCUCGACAAUGUACAUGUGUUUGAUGGAAUAUACCAUUUACGAAAAUCUCCCGCAGAAAUUUGUGUGCAAAAAUCAACUGCUUUUCCAUCAGAUAAACUUCAAAACCUUCGUGCAAAUAUUCUUGUUGAUAAAUGGUAUAUUCCAGUUAAGUUAGAUGAAGCACUCGGUAUUUGCUUGACAGCAGCCAUCAAAUUAGCGCAAGAAGGAACACUCGAUACAAAUGCAGAUUGUAAACAGUUUAUUGAAACGAUCGUUCCUGAAGCUUUUCGAAAAUUACAAACUACACAAUCGGUCUUUUCGUGGCCACGUGAUGUCCAAGUUGGUAUAUUUGAUAUGAUCGAAUUACUUGUUGAUUUGGUUGCCACACGGAUCCGUUAUGCGCCUGUACCAAUUACAUUAUUGAAUGUACUGGCACUCACAUUCGAUACUAAUACAACAUUUUCUCAAAAACACAAAAAUGACAAAUUACCAGAAGGUCGUGUCUAUGUGCUAGAGGGCGACGAAUUCUUCCGAACAAAUCCGAAUCAAACGGAAUCUUACGAUUGGCUUCGAUCACUUAUUCAACGCUUUAUAAUACAAAAUGGCCUGAACCACAUUCGAGCACAAUUCGAACGAAUCAAAGCGGCAAGCGUCACGCAAACAACAACAAUGGAAUACAAUUGUUUACUUAAACUGUUUUCGAAAUGUCAUCAAUGCAUUAAUGCAGAGCGUUUUCGCUUAUUAUUUACUCCAUCUAUUCGUCAAGCUAUUCAACAUCUUCAUCAAACGAAAAAAACGGCUCUCGACAACAGCGAACAAUUAAGUGAAUUGAAUGAAACAUUGAUCGAAGUUUGCUUCUGCUACGAAAUGAACGACGAAGUUAAUGAAAUACUGGAAAUACCUACAACACACAAACCGGGCGAAGCAGCAUCAGCACCACCACCUCUUAUCCCGUUGAUCGUUCCAAUGAAGAAAUUGACAGUUAGUAAAAAACCGAAAAGUAAAGAUUGUUACGAACAGUUGGCUGAAACUAUUCAGUCAUUAGCCAUGGACAAAUGUGAUGAGGAGCGACAAAGUAUUAAAAAACAACGAACCGAAGAACAAGUACUCCUACCUUUAUUCUCCAGUAAUCAUGUGACAGAUUGUACUACUGAUGAUCACUUGUCAUCAUCGGAUAAACGUUCAUUGAAACGCAAACACCGUCGAGAACAACAACGUCAUAAUGUGAAAAAGGAAAAUAAACGGGUAACUCAAACAACAUCUACGACUUAUGAUCGAUCGGAUCCAGCUGAUAUCCUUCGCUUCUUUGCACCAAUGAAAGCCAAGAUCGCUAACCUUUAUGAUGAUCUUCAAGCAGCAACUUGUCACGGAAACUUACGAGAAGUUUUGAAAAUUGAAGAGAAACUUAAAUUACUUCGUCCAUAUUCUGCUUGUUUUAUUGCUGAUGAAAAUUUAGUAGAUGGAACAUCCAUGGAAGCUGGUCAAGUUUUCCGCAAAGGUUGGAUUCUUCUCAAUGAUGGGUCUAUGCCAUGGAGCAGUGAUGAUAUUGAAUUGAUCAAUCUCGCUAAUGGUAUUAAAAUCGUGCGCCCACCAGUGAUUCCUGUCACUGCACCACAUGAUCGUGCUGUGAUUACAGUUGAUUAUAUGUGCGCAAAUGAACCGGGUGCUUAUGAAAGCAAAUGGAUUCUUUCGUAUCGUCAACGAACAUUCGGUCCAGUCAUCUGGUGUUCCAUUCAAGUCGGCUCGACGACAGCAAUAACACCAGCAGUUACAGCAACAGUACCUGCACCACCUAUUGAACCAAAAGAAGCAUUCGAAUUGCUCGAUAUUCCGUUACCAUCUUGUUUCGAUCUAACAAAACCAUACCAAUCAACAGCAGACAGUAAUUCUGUUCGUUCAAGCAUCAACUUUAGCCGUUUGAAUUCAACCGAUACACAAACUGAAUCGUUGAUCAACACCUCGCCCCAGGACGACAACAGUGAUAAUGAUAGCUUACUUACAUUUACAUAUUCAGCAUUGCCACCACCAGUACUAGACAAGCUUACAGAAAUGCCAUUGAUUGCGCUGCAACCUGCCAUUCGAAAUAGCAGCAGCGAAGAAGGUCAACAACAAUUAUUAAGAAACAGCCAAUCAUUGGACUUCGUCGAUACAGUUGUAACAAAUAUCUUCAGUGUUGCUAAACAUGCAGGUUCAACAGCAAAAGCCAUUUUCAACACAUUACAAGCAAAUGAUGAAACAAAUCUAAUACCUGUCCAACAACAAAUAGAACCAACAACUGAAAUAGUUAAUCCACCAGUUAAUGACGAUUGUUUUGAGCAUGUCGGAGAAGAUGCACCGUCGAAUAUAACCAAUGAUCCAAUUCAAAUUCUGAUUGAAAUGGGCUUUGUCAAUCGGCAAAAAAACCAACGUUUACUAUCCGAACACUCAAACGACUUAACUAAAGUCAUCGAAGUCUUAACCGCCGAGAGCAACGACGACUUGAACUGAUCUUUUCGUUUUCUCUUCACCAUCAUGUUACGGCUCAAUUCGUUACUUGCAACGUAUGGAAUCACAUCGCAAAAAGGCAAAUCUUCUAAACAUAUGGAAGGUCCCGUCCAUCAAGACAAGUAUCCGCCAUUGCGGCACCGAGAUGGACGAGAACGGCCACGUUCGAUAAGACUAAAGCCACAAGAGUAUUUUUUAUUAUUCGUUGCUUUCGUAGCAGUGACUACUCUAGUUGUUUAUAACGUUUUUAUGUCUUAUUAUAGUUAUUAUUUCUCAACAGAUGAUCCGUAUUAUUAA